AUGACUAGUCCUUUCCCUGCCCAAGAAUCUCCUUGUGCCAAUCUUUCUGACUGGUAUGCCCCUACCCCCGGCUACCUCUAUGAGAUACCGGCUUCGCCUUCGAACUUCAGCUAUAUUAGCUCUUGCCAUAGUCGCCCUUCGCAGAACUCUACUCCACCCCUAAUAUUAGAUAAGCUUCCGUUAGUAGGACUUGACGACUGGCAAGCGGGAAGAGCUUACGAUGAACUUCCUCCCAUAUGUAUUCACUAUUCAAUCGAGUGGAAGGUGGCGUUGAAUAAGCGAGUGGUAUCAGAGGAUACGGAACAAAAUUUAGUGUUGGCACCUGGUGCUUACUGGGAGAAAUUUCUCAAAGGCAAACUAGCGAGGGUUGUUGCGCAGAAAUUUUUGCCCAGCCAACGAGUUCGGCUCGACGAUACUGCUAUCAUAGUCAAGAUCAAUGACCGUACUGAACAUGAUCUGACUAAACGUCUUAUCAGUUUUAUCAAUGGUGGUGGUAUCCUACAUUCAGAACGUGAUAUCCCCGACUGGUUUCACCAACAGCUAAAGGCAGAGGAGCAGCUCUUAAACAGUAAAACUAACGAUAAAGGCUUAUCUUCAUAUAGAGCACCUUGUCCACCGAUUAAUAUUAUAUUGCCUACGCAGUCACCUCAAACUUCUAUCUCGACCCCGACAGCGCCUAGCUCGCCACUGACAAAAAGAUUCCAGCUGAAGCGCCUUGAUAUUUCCGGUCCUCGGGAUAUAGCUGUCAAAGAAUAUAGCGAGUGGCACGCAUCUGAAGUUAAUGACGAGGAUCUCAAGAAUGAUUUUCGUAAAGCAUGUCAAGUGGCGCUGAAAAACGGCCUUGACCUACAACAAAUUGUGAAUCGUCCCAAUCCAAAGUUUUUCAUCGAAAGGGACAUCAAAAUAGGCACGGCCCAUCGUUUUGUCGAUGACAUUAUCGAAUGGGUUGAGAUUCGCAGGGAUCAGAUGGAUACCUUUGAUUUUUGA